GCCCUGCCUUGCGGCUUAAACCGUUAACGAUCCCCCAUCCCAUCCGCCCCAAUCUUCGAUCCUCCACUACCUCGCUGCCUGCCUGCCUUCUGUGCCUCUUCAACCAUUCCUUCGUUCCAUUGCAAGACCCAGAAGACCACCCACCACGUUCACCCGCCAGAGCAGCCGCAGAAGAGACCGGAUCCAAGCAACUGAACGGUGUGGGAAUUCCCGGAAAGAAAUAAAAAAAAAUAAAAAUACUCUCGGCGGCCUCACCUUCGAGCCCUUCAAGGUUUGAUCGUCGACUUGGACUGGACGACUCCUGGUUGGUAGCCAAGGUAACCACGGUAUACUCACUGAUUACCUUGACCUUGCACACUACCUACCUAGGAGGUACCUCGACCCUUGUGUCCCCAUCGUGUCUACCAUCCCAUCGCUCUGGCUGCUGCUUCAAAUCUCCCUCCUUUUCUGCCUUGUCCCGGAUAUAUCCACCAGCCGUUGCUGUUGGGGCCUUGAGCCGCAUUCCGCGCCUUCAGCUUCCCCAGACGCCCAGCCCCCCCCCUCCCGCUUCACUGUUCCAUCUGGUUGUUGUCCCAUCUGGCGCGGGCUUGUAAUUCUACUACCCCCCGCUCAAUCAAAUCAGUCACGAGGCUGCUCCCACUUGUCUGAUCUCCUCCCAGCGUCGCGUCCAGCGCCCUUUCCGAUCUGCUUUGCGACCUCGACCUGCUGGGCCCUCUCCUCGCUAAACUCCUUACCACACGCACACGCACACACACCCUGGGCUGCUUCUUGCGGCUCUUACAUGCCCGCCGCCCUACGCUGUCGCCCGCCCAGCGCAUGGUCACAGCAGCGCGCGAACUCGCAUAUUCCCUACUUCGACGACUACCAGUACUUUACCAGGACCGCUUGUUGGGAGCCCUCGGGAAGGGCUUUUUUUGACGGGGACCAAGGGACAACCUGGGCGAGCUCUACGGCCGGUGACCCGCGAGUGGAUUAUACAACAGCAAGAGGAGACAAGACAACCUGUCUGUAGUGCAUGACGGGAGGCCUGAGGUCUACGGAUCACAUCAUCCACGAGUUUGCCCGAUCUUCGAUGGCGAAUUGAUAGACGUUCAUUCCGCGAGCGAGAGCACCGACGACACGCGAAAUUAUGAGUACGACGGCCGCUUCCACUCUUGCCUACGAUCCCGCUGGAGAUCGCUACGAUCCAGAUGAGGUACUACUUGCCCAGAAUAGCCCGUUGAUGAAGCCCUAUCACCCCCAGCUUGGGCCACCAACGAGCUCGCUGGACGAGUUUUCUUACCCCAAAGUCAGUCCUCCUUCCAGUCCGAGUAACAAAAGGUCUGAUCGUCGCUUCAAGUCCAAACCGAGUCAGGGUGAUGCCGUCUUGCUUCAUAUGCUUGACGGAGGGAGACGCCCAGAGAUUGCCAUCCAAGCCGGCCUCGAAGCCUUACCAUCAGAGCAUUCCGACAGCGACAGAGACGACUCCCUUGAGCCCGACACUGCUUCUUCCAUGGAUGGUAAUGAAAUCAUUCAAAGCCCUCACUUCAACGGGGAAGACCACGAUGAUAUUGAACACCUCCACCUAAGCCUUCGGCGUCGAAACAUGUCAGCCGAGCCUUCCAGGGAGAUCAACACCGGUGGUGGCUUUGACAGCCUACAAUCUCUUGCAGCCGGUGCCUUGGGCGUGGUUCAAAAUCUCAGCGCUCCCAGUGUCAAGCAAGAAGAGGCAGAUGCAGGUCCCACGCCGCCAAUCACCGAGCAUGAUACAGCGACGGUUCAAUCAACCAUAGCGGCGAGGCGAGCGGAGGCGGAUAAGGAUACAGACAGGGCAACCCAGCCUGCGAUGCUGACUCCGUAUAGUCCGCGAGGAAUUACCUUUUCGCCCCGAGAGCCCGGAAGCAUACCCUCAAUCGCGUCACCCACGAACCCCCUGACACCCAACAGUCUAUCCGAAGGCUUACCGCCAAUUCAUCCGACCUCCCCAGUGUUUGAAGGAGCCUCACAGCAGACACUUCCAUCCAUUAGGGAUUCUCUAGGGGUGGCGGAUCUCAAUCAACUGUCCCGUCCCAUAAUUGAGCGAAGUCCACUUCAACCUUAUCCCGGCUCUCCUCCAGGUUUUCCGACAAGUCUGUUGUCAUACACGAACCAUGCGUCGCCGCCACAAUCGGCCUCUGACCCAUACCGUCGGGAACCUGUUUCGCCCUACUUUUUCUCUCAAGGGAAUGGCCUACAACGGCCGCACGAUUAUGCCAGCGGUCCAGAACCCUCCGCCCCAGAUCAUUCACGCAGUCACAUGAAUGCCUCCGCAACAUCGCCCGGAUCAAUAGCCGACCGAAUGAGCAUUGAUGGCCUAACCAGCCACACGGGUACUUAUGUGUGCAAAUUCCAGGGCUGCAACGCCGCGCCGUUUCAGACGCAGUACUUGCUAAACUCACACGCAAAUGUUCACUCAUCCGCGCGACCUCAUUACUGUCCCGUACCAGGGUGUUCUCGAGGCGAAGGUGGAAGAGGAUUCAAGCGCAAGAACGAGAUGAUUCGGCAUGGAUUGGUGCAUGAUUCACCAGGCUACGUCUGCCCGUUCUGUCCCGACCGAGAGCACAAAUAUCCUCGUCCUGACAACCUCCAAAGACAUGUGCGAGUACAUCAUACUGAUAAGGACAAAGACGACCCCCUCUUGCGCGAAGUCCUUGCUCAGCGGCCUGACGGCCCUAGCCGUGGCCGGAGACGAAGAGGUGGGCCAAGCUGAACUCGGCCAUCCCUCAACACCGCGUUGUCAACACGGACACAUUAUAUUUCCUUGCCUUUGUAGAUUUCUCUUCUCCUCGCUACCCCUUUUUCUCUUUUACUUGCACCACUUAUUGCUUGUCUUUGGUGUUUGGCGCCUGGUGGGUGUACAUAGGCAGGGAACUUGUCACAGCACGGGCUAUAACUACGGCACAAAGAUGAUGCCUAUGUGUGUGUUUUGACCCUGGUGUGGCCGGUCAUAUAUUGUUUUCUCUUCCUUCAUGUUGGGCACUUCUUGUUCUAUCACAAGCAUCGGAGGGCUCGAUUUCUUUUCAGGCAAGCGAGGGAAAACGACCAAAGCUGCAGCUGUCAUUGCGGGACUUCAACCCCUUUUUACCGCAUGUCACUUUCCCCCUCCUUGACAAAACCUUCACUCAUUUUCCCCCCUUUUCAUUGUUUGUAACCUUUUCUUCUUCUUGGCGACUAUUUUUGUCGAUACGUUUUUUUUCUUCUUUUUUUUUUUUUUUUCCUGUCUUUUUUUCUCGUUUCAGCGGGGUGUCUGCCAAUCAACCCCUUUGGUUUUUGUCGAAUUUUGAUGGCGUCAUGGAGUUUGCUGCACAUCAUAUACCACCAGUCUGCGAAUUCUUAUACCACCAUGUUAUCGUUUAUAUUCUGUUAUUACUUUACUUCUUUACUUCUCUUCGAUUGUCAUGCGGCCCCUUGGUUGGCCUCUUUAUAUGCUGGAGUGUGGGGAUUUUUUUUCCCUGAGGGAGACACAAACAAACCAAAACACCUCCCAAUUUUUUACCAAGAAUAAAUUUAUAGCAUUCUUAUCGGCUGCUCAUCAUUAGUCU